AUGAGGAGAUACCGGAGUCUUAAGGGGAAGUCCACCACAGAUGCCAUUUUUGCCUUGAGACAAGUGCAGGAGAAGUACAAAGAGGGCCACAAAGAUCUGCAUGGCGUGUUCAGCGACCUGGAGAAGGCCUAUGAUAGAGUGCCGCGGGAGGAACUGUACUGGUGCAUGCGAGGAAAGAACAUCCCAAAGAAGUACAUCCGUAUACUUCAAGACAUGUACAAAGAGAGCGAGACAAAGGUCAGGUGCAUAGCGGGAACAACAGAGCUUUUCAAGGUAGAAGUGGGGUUACAUCAGGGGUCAGCGUUGAGCCCGUUCCUAUUUGCCAUCAUCAUGGACACCCUCACAGAGAGCAUCAGGAAAGAGGCUCCUUGA